CGAGCAUGUCAGAUGUUCGCCUGGUAACCGCCUAGUGACGAAGUGGUCCUGUCCGUGAGAAACUUUGGUAGAUGUGAAGAAAAAAAGAAAAUAAAUCUCUCGGACGUAUUCGACCGUAUUCCGCACACAGCAACAGUGGUUUCUCGUGAAACAUGUCUCACCAAACGGGAAUCAAGGCCAACGAUGCAUUAAAGAAGCUGUUUGCCAAAUGUCGCGACGGGAAGAUACGGGUAUUGAAGGUUUCCAUAGAAAAUGAGGAACUAACUCCAGCAUCUUCCUCUAAACCAUUAAACAAAUGGCAAGAUGAUUAUGACAAAAUGAUCAAGCCAUUGAUCGUGGAGGAUCAGCCAGCCUAUAUUCUCUACAGGUUGGACACAAAGUCACCAGAUUCUGGUUAUGAUUGGUUAUUUAUAUCCUGGUCUCCUGAUACGGCGCCAGUGAGGCAAAAAAUGCUUUAUGCCUCUACCAAGGCCACGUUGAAGCAGGAAUUUGGCACAGCCUCGAUAAAAGAGGAAUUGCAUGGCACCGUUCCAGAAGAUAUCACACUGGAGGGGUAUCACAAGCAUAAGAGAAACGAUACAGCACCUGUGCCAUUAACAACGGCGGAGGAAGAAUUGGCAGAGUUGAAGAAGACCACGGCAACUACAGAUUACAGCGUUGAGACUAGACAUCAGACGCUAAGCGGCGUAGCAUUCCCAGUGUCGGACGAGGCCAAGCAGGCGAUCACGGAACUGGGUAAAAGUGUUCACGAAUACGUUCAACUGAAAAUCGAACUGGAGGAGGAAAAGAUACAUUUAGUGACAGCUUGUGAUAUCUCAUUGGAUAAACUGCCAACUAAAGUACCAUCGGACGCUGCUAGAUAUCAUCUUUACAACUUUAAGCAUACUCACGAAGGAGAUUACACAGAAAGCAUAGUUUUCAUAUAUAGCAUGCCAGGAUAUAGUUGCAGUAUUAAAGAAAGAAUGUUAUACUCCUCGUGCAAGGCACCUCUUCUCGAUCUUAUCCAGUCCUUGGGAGUAACAAUAGCAAAAAAGUUGGAAGUAAAUAGUGGGGAAGAGUUGGCAGAUAUGUUGGACGAUCCUCCGAGCAUAAAAGACACAGCCGCAAUAACUCUUGCAACUCCGUCGACACCCUGUGCCCCUACUCAGUCCAUACCAGAGAAAAAAUCAAAGCAGAAACGAUCUUGUGUCUUAAGCUAAAAUCGGCUUAAGGCACUCGCAUCUGCCAUUAUUACUGCUUCUUGCUGAUUGAAGUAUUUGUGAUGUUUUGUGCAUUAAAAUAUCUUCCUUCGUGAAUUCCAGAAUUGUGAUAGUAUGAUAUUCAUACGGGAUAUAUGUGUUGGUUAAUAUAAAAUAAUGGGUUUCUGAUGUGCGAAUUAUAAUUAUUACAAGGAAAGAGAGUAGGAGAGAGAGAGAGAAGGAGAGAUUACAAUUGUGUAGCUACGUAACAUCAUGAGUUAAUUUAAAACAACAGCAGCGGAGAAAACAUUGAUGAGGCAUAUAUAAAGGAACAUUAAUCUCAGUGUUGUUUAUCAACAUUUAGAAGUAACUUGUCAAAGUGAUACGUAUAUCUAGCUAGCAGAACAGAAUAGACCAAAUGGUGUAUUUUUCUAAAUUUUAAAGGCAAAAUUAUUACGUAAAAAGCUCUCUGUGAAAUGCCAUUACACCUAUUAAUAAGUGAUAAACUUAUAUGAUAUAGACCAUACCCCAUACCGUAUACUUCAUAUUGUUUCACAUACGCUCUGUGAAAUUAUUCAUUUAUAUACGAGAAACAGUGCCGAAAUUGAGAUCACUUUGUUUGAUAUUGAAAGCUAAGCCUCAGCUGCGUAUGAUUUUACAUUUUGAUAUAUGAGUAUUGUGUGAUGCGAAAGCAAGUGAACGUAAAUGUGAUUUAAUUAUACAUAAGAUUUAACAAUUCUAUUCAUAAAGUUCCUUCAUUCCAAUAAUUUUAUAUAUUGCGUUUUACACGCAACUCUACCUAUAACUAAAAUAUAUAUUAUAUUUUCUCAGAAAAUAUUAAAUUAUAUUGUGAGUUCCCAAUUAGUUCCUAGUCUUAUAAAGGUGAUAUGUGUAUUUUUUUAAGUAUAUAUAUAUAUAUAUACAUAUAUAUAACAUAUGUUUUUUUUAAGUGAAACUUGAGGGCUUGGCUUUUAAACUCAUUCAAACAUUCAUAUAGGAUUAAGUAAUAUUUUUAAUAUUGAUCUGUGGUAAAACCUCCGCAUAUACAUGAUGGUUAGAGAGUUAGGUAAAAUUCCAUUUGCUCGACAGAGAAAGAGGGGGAGAGAGAGCUAAAAAAGCCAUUCACCUAACUACUCUACAUAUAUUUUCAAUAUGACGAUAAAUGAGCGUAAAUGAGUGAUAAAUAUGCAAACGCCACAUUAAGGUGGAUAUAUUUUUUUCGCACAUUAUUAUUUCAGCUACAAGAUAGUGAUAUCUAAUUACUUUAAAAAAAGAUUAUAUAUAUAUACAUAUUAAAUUUUAUAUCAUGUUCUCUAUACUAUUGUAAAUGCUACAAAAUAUUAGUGUAUGAUGUGUAAGACUGAUCUUGGCGAGUUCUGUCAGCUGUGAAAAAGCAUGUUAAUGUUAUAUUUGCAUUUAUGAAAUCUCUUAAUUUAAUCGUUUACCAAAUUCUCAAAAGUAAUAUAUAAUGCAUUAAGAUUUAUAAUGAAAUCUCUAAUUGACAUUUGUUAUUUAAAAUAUUUAGUUUCUCUAAAAUAUUUUUUCAAACAUAUGUAUAUAUAAUAAGUUGACAUGCAACUUACAGCAGACUGGACUAUAAUAAUAAUUAAUAAUUUGAUAGUCAGCAACAAAAUAUAUGAGAGGCAUUCUAUUUUUUGUGAUGUGUAUAUUUUAAUAGCUAAAACUUGUAGCUUUUUAUAACUUUUCAAACAUUUUAGUCUAAAAUGUGAAGAAAUGAUUAUUAAAAACAGCUAAAGUAUACUCGCUACGAAAAUAAUUUUGCACUGAGCCAAAUGGUUGCUUUCGUUUCUUCCGUUACAUUUGCAUGUGUAGUAUAUUUUUUUUAUAUUGAUGAAGAAAUGAAUAUAGUGAUCCUAUAUAAUUUUUAAAGAAAUUUAUAAUUGUUUUAUUGUAUUUAUUAUUCUGUCUCAAUUAUAAAGCUAUGGUUCUUAAACAGUUUACGCACAAUAAAACCGGAAGGGAAAAAAAUUAUUUGGCUCACAGUUGCAUAUAAUAUAUAAUUAAUUAACUCUCAUACUAUGUCGAAAAAUAGUUAGACAAACAUUCCAUUUUAUGAAAUCAUGACGCACAGGGUUGCCUAGCAUAUUUUAGUUAUGUAUCGUAUCAGGCCUAUUCUGUAACUCCUUAAUUUUACCUUGUCUCUGAGCUUCUCAGUUGUAGUUCUAGACUCACUGAAAUCGAGAGAAUUGUAUAUCUUGCCAAUAUUGGAUAUAUUGGAAAUAAUAAAGUAUCAUGCAAUUUAAACUCGCAA